AUGUGGCAUGCUAUCCCGAAUAUUGUAAAUAUUUGCUCUUAUGGAGUGUGGUCUAACAGGAUGUAUACCUUUGAGGGCGAUGGACAAGAAACGAUGUUUAUGGAAAGUUUUCCGGAGCAUCCCGUUCAACACUGCAACAUCCUUUUUGUGACAGAUAAUGAUGAUUUGACGAUACCAACAGAUAUCAGAUAUGAAUAUAAUAACUGCAGUGUCUAUGUAAGCAGCGACAAGUUACCCAAUACAUUCAGUAAUUCGCUGAGUAUCGUCACUUAUCCGUACAGAAUUAAGCCAGGCGAACCGCUGAGAGAGGAUCUUUUUGCAGAUAUUCCAUUGAACAAGAGUAGGGACGUAUCCUUGAUCACAUUGCUAAGUUUCUUUGUGAGAAGAUAUCGAAUGACCUCAAUGGUCAUUAAUACUAAAGAUGCGCAUAAACUGGUCCCGAUGUUCUUCUCCGACGGAAGUAUGGAAGAAUCUCGCCUAAUCACAUGUCAGCUCAACAUUGCUUAUCCGAAACCAACGACAUAUGAGGAAAAGCAAGACUUUCGCACAGCUUGGGAACGGCUCGUUGGUGAUAGAUAUUACUUGGUGCGCCAAGCCUCCCGUACAAAAGACACGCUCAACUUAUUUCUGGUGAACAUUGUCAAUCCCAUUUGUUGGCAGCUGUACGUAGCAUUAGAUUUGCCCACCACCGAAACGUUUUGA